GCUCGUAUUUUAAUUAGGCGCGCGCUAAUUUGUAAAGGCGCCUGAUGUUAGUUGUGUUAAUUGCUGGAAUUUCGCCUCUCGUAUUUGUGUAUUAACUGUUUUGUGAACCGUGUAUAGAAGAGGUGUUGUUGGUUGCCAAAUUCAAUUUGCGAAUUUUUCGCUUAAAGAACAACAAUUUCAAAGCGUGAAUUCCUGCAUUCAAGAUGAGCGCCUUUGAGAUUUCUGUAACACCAUCGCGGCUGAAGCAAAAAAAGCGCGUAGAGGGUCGCGAGCCGGCGGUCGUGGUCAUGGCGCCUUUCUCCGCCAAGGCCAUUGUGCAGUUUGAGGACGUUCCCAUUACAAAGACCGCCAAGCGUACUGUGCGCGUACUCAACCCCAGCGACGAGGACAUUGAGGUAAAAGUAACCAGGCCCAUUAAGGUUGAACACAAUUUGAGUCUCGAGUGGACGGAGCAUAUUGUUCCAGCACGCGAUGAGGUGUCCAUGGAGCUAGUGUGGAGUCCUCAACUGGAGGUUGCGUGCAAAGAAACUCUGCAGCUGCUUGACAGUCGCAACUUCCGCAAGGAUGUCAUGAUUAUACUUAAAUCGAAGGGCAACCAGGUAGCAAGGAAUUCGCGUAAAUUUCCUACCGUUGGCAAAACGCUGCAACUUAAAUCACCGACGGGUGGGUUGAAGAUACACAAGAGCACGGUUAGUGCAGCUGCUGUGCAGCAAAAAAAGCGUUUGUCUGCCGCUGCGUCGACCUCUGCCAAGUCAACAACUGGGGCCUCUGAAAAACCGCCUUGGAGAAAUGUACCGGUACGGAAGGCAACAGCUACGCAGGCACCCCUGACCGAGCACAAUGUAUACUCUCAAGACUGUUUUAGUGCACCACUGCAAUCGUUUGUUUCGCCUCCUACUCCUGGGCAUAAGGAAAAUGUUAGUCCCGGAACACCAGCCAAUGUAUUAAGCAUGAUCGAUAAAUUUAAAUUCACACCGCUCAACGAUACACGCAACGCCCAGAAUAUGCCAGAUAACCUAGCUAACUGGCCGACACCCAUCCUUAAUGUGGAAGUGACGAGCACUUACUUGACUAGGGAUAUAAAACCACGCCGCCUAACGACUGCUGAGCUGGCUACCAACGAUGAUGAACCCUUGAACCUAACUACUACACAUUUUGUCACAAACAAAACCUUUGAAAUAAACCAGGAGGGCAUGGAAACUUCCCUAGAUGUCCAGGACUAUGCGCGCACAGAUCUAGUCCUGCAGACACCCACGUUGAACAGAACCACUACCAUUAGUCACGGCACUUGCACACGCCCUCUGGAAUGUAUUCGCGAAGAGGAUGGCAACAGUCCCCCCAGAAUAAAUAUACGUACAGCGCCGGAACAAAACCGCAUGAACGAUCUGAAAAGGGAUAUUCAAAUGGUCGGUUCACCGCUGCGCAAAUAUUCAGAGUCUAUGAAAGAUUUGUCACUGCUCUCGGCGCAGGCAAAGAUUGCCAUACAGGGCUCCAUGCCCAAUCUCAACGAGAUGGCACAAAUACGCUCCAUUGAACAAAAUCGUUACUAUCAGCAGCAACAGCAGCAAGAGGAGCAACAGAAGCUGCCGCUCCAGACGAAAAAGCUGCCAACAUCACUGGAUAAUUCCAGUUGCAGCGAGACGAGUAUAGUUUCCCAUCAGGAUCUGCAAUUCAAUCAACACGAGAUUCUUGCCCAGUCUAGUCGGUUUAAUCUUCACGAGGUGGGUCGUAAAUCGCGUAAAGGCAGCCCACAAAAGGAUGAGAAAACGUUGAAUAUCAGUUCCAUCAGCCAUGCGAAAAAGCGGCGCUCUCACGAGUUGUCUUUUUCGGACGCUCCCAGCACUGAGUCGUUAAACAGGAAAAUGACAGCUACAGAUGCGUUGGAGAUUUCUCCUCCAAAGCGUCAGCGCGUCGGGGGCUUGGACGUUUCGCAUCUGCGAAAAGCACCCACCAAUGCCUCAGCUCCGCGGAUUAAGGCCUGGACGCGUACUCAGCCCAAGAAAAUUAAGCUUGCGCAGACACUAUCGUUAAUGAAAAAGCCGGCAACGCCCCGAAAAACUUGCGAGCAGCCCACCGUUAAGCUGUACGACUCUGAACUUUAUAUGCAGUCAUAUAUAAAUCCGGAUCCUUUUGCGGCCACCACAACUCAAGAUCCUUUUCUUGCCUGCACCAUGUAUUUGGAUGAGCAAGCUGUGGAACGUCAUCAAGUGGACUUUAAGAAGUGGCUCAAUGCCCUGGUAUCCAUACCCGCUGAUCUCGAUGCAGACACCAAUAAUAAAAUUGAUGUAGGCAAACUGUUUAAUGAGGUGCGUAACAAGGAACUUGUAAUGGCGCCUACAAAGGACGAGCAGUCAAUGAACUAUUUGACUAAAUAUCGCCUUGAGUCUUUGCGCCGUGCUGCUGUGGAACUCUUCUUCAGCGAGGAAAUGCGUCUGCCUUGCUCAAAGGUCGCAGUAUAUGUAAACAAGCAAGCUCUUCGCAUUCGUAGCGAUCGCAAUUUGCAUCUGGAUGUGGUCAUGCAGCGUACUAUUCUGGAGCUGCUGCUCUGCUUUAACCCGUUGUGGCUGCGCCUGGGAUUAGAAGUCGUCUUCGGUGAGAAGAUUCAUUUGAACUCCAAUCGCGACAUUGUGGGUCUAAGCACCUUCAUCCUUAAUCGGCUCUUUCGCAACAAAUAUGAAGAACAAAAGUACAGCAAGGCCUAUAUGUUGACUGAUGAGUAUGCAGAGACAAUUAAGAGGCACACGUUACAGAAAAUGCUCUUUCUGCUGCUCUUCCUAGAUCGUGCCAAGCAGCAGCGAAUUGUGAAGCACAAUCCAUGCCUUUUUGUCAAACAGUCUCCUCACAAGGAAACCAAGGACAUUCUGUUGCGGUUUUCUUCGGAGCUCUUGGCCAACAUUGGAGACAUUACGCGUGAAUUACGACGCCUAGGAUAUGUACUGCAACAUAAGCAGUGCUUUCUAGAUGAGUUCAACUAUGCUUUUAACAAUCUAGCCAUCGAUUUACGAGACGGCGUACGCCUAACGCGCGUCAUGGAGAUAAUCCUGCUGCGUGAUGAUCUCACCAAGCAACUGCGCGUUCCUGCCAUCUCCCGGCUGCAGCGAAUUUUCAAUGUGAAGCUCGCCCUAGGUGCUCUCGGUGCAGCCGACUUUCAGUUGGGUGGCGAUAUUUCCGCUGCCGAUAUUGUCGACGGUCAUCGGGAGAAGACUUUGUCCCUCCUCUGGCAAAUCAUCUAUAAGUUCCGAUCGCCUAAAUUCCAUGCCGCUGCUCGCACUUUGCAGCAGUGGUGGCGACGACGUUGGCUUCAUGUUGUCAUUUCUCGUCGCAUUCGUCACAAGGAGCAGCAGCGUAAGGAGCGGGCGGCUACUCGCAUUCAGGCGCUAUUCCGUGGCCACCAGAUGCGAAAGUAUGUCAAGCUCUAUAGAAAAGAGCGAGUCGAGGCUGCCAUUGUUUUGCAGAAGUACAUGCGCCGCUAUCUCGCACAGAAGCAACUUUAUCUUGGUUAUCGGAGCCUUGUACUUAUCCAGCACUGGUGGCGUGCGCAACGGGAGGGCCACGCCCAACGCCAGCAAUUCCUACGCAUGCGCGCCAGCGUUAUAUUUCUGCAGCAAAUCUGGCGACGUCGUAUUUUUGCUAGGAAGCUGUUGGCAACAGCCGCCACAGUUCGGCUCCAACGUGACCAAAAACAUCUGGCGGCAGCGGCUUGCAUUCAAAUGCAUUGGCGAGCCUUUCAAUUUGGACGGGCCCAGCGGCAAAAGUAUCUUCGGGAGCGAGAAGUAAUUAUAAAUGUGCAACAGCGCUGGCGCUCUAAGCGCCUCAUGCGACUACAACAAUUCCGAUAUAGGGAGAUCAGAGAGGCGGCGCUUACUCUACAACGUUCCUACCGGGCCCGAUGUCUUAUGCAAAGCCAACGGGCUGAUUUUCUCCUACUACGAAGUGUCAGCAUAAAAAUACAGCGACGGUGGCGUGGAUUGCGGCAAAUGCGGGUGGAGCAUACCCACUUCCUCAGGGUCAGAUCAUGUGUUGUCCAUCUACAACGACGCGUGCGCGCCCGCAACCUUAUGAAACAAAAACGAGCACAAUUUCAGCGUGAACGUACAGCUGCUAUCGUGUUGCAAAAUCGUUACCGUGCCCGCCUGGCUAUGCGAAGGGAGCGCAAUAACUAUCAGACACAAGUACAAUCCCUCAUUCAACUGCAGCGACGCUGGCGUGCCACACUUUGCAUGAGACAGCAACACCAAUGGUACCUUAAGCUCCGAUCAGCUGCCACUACAUUGCAGAGAAAAUAUCGCGCCAAUUGCAGGAUGCGAACGGAUCGUGCCAAAUAUUUGGAACUACGGUCGGCCGCAUUAGUAAUCCAAAGACGCUUUCGUGCUCUGCGCUUAGGCCGUCAAUUACGUGCUGAGUUCCUGCGUCUGCGUAAGGCAACUCUUACUAUACAGGAGCGUUUCAGAGCCUACAAGGCUAUGCGGUUUUUGCACGCCAAAUAUCGCGGCACCAGGGCCGCUGUCACCUGCCUGCAGAUGCACUGGCGCAAUUACUUGAGGAUGAAGCGGGAGCGGAGCCAAUACCUGCGCCUACGCUCAUCCGCUAUUGUGCUACAACGAGCCUAUCGUGGGCGCCAACAAAUGAAGCAACAGCAGAGCAGUUACCAACACAUCCGCGCGUGCAUCAGCCAAUUGCAACGGCGAUGGCGUGCCACGUUGUACAUGCGGAAGCAGCAAAUGCAAUAUAUGGAAGAACGGCAGCUCAUCAUUUCGAUUCAGCGCCGCUGGAGAGCCAAACUGAAGGCACGUGAGGUGCGGAGAACUUAUGGACGUACUAUCGCGAGCAUUGUGCAGGUGCAGCAACGCUUUCGGGCUACCCUCCAAAUGCGGUGCUGCCGUUCCCAGUACGUGCAACAACGGGAGCUCAUUAUUUCGGUUCAGCGCCGCUAUCGCGCUCUGCUGACCAUGCGCAGUGAACGCACUGCGUAUGAGGAAAAGAGAGAAGCUGCAAUUCGCAUACAGCGCUGGUAUCGCGGUCUUCUUGAAACCCUGCGCCUCAAAAAGAGCUAUCAACGCAUGCGCUCCAGUGUCCUUCUCUUGCAACGCAAGUUUCGUGCCACUCUCGAGGCGCGUAGAAAGCGACAAACUUAUCUACACACUCUAUCACGGGUGCGUCUGUUGCAGCGUCGACUACGUGCCACUCUCGCCAUGCGCAAGCAACAGUUGCAAUUCCAAGGUCAACGCCGGGCGAUCAUAAUUAUCCAACAACGUUUUCGUGCUUAUCAACAAAUGUUAAUUGUUCGCAGCCAAUAUCAAUUGCUCAUUAAAAAUGUAGUUGGGCUGCAGCGCAGAUAUCGGGCCCGCCGUCUCAUGCGGCAAACACGCUCUGAUUUCCUGCUCCUGCGUCGGACAACCAUCCAUCUGCAGCAAAAAUAUCGUGGUCAUCGCAUAAUGCUGGAACAGCGGGAUCACUUCCAGUUGCUUAGACGCUCCACACUGCAGUUUCAAGCACAUGUGCGUGGGUAUUUGGCACGGGCUCGGUUCCAGGCCCUGAUGACGCCCGAAAUGGUCGAUUGCUUGCGACGGAAGCGAGCUGUCAAAAUUAUUCAGCGCUAUUGGCGAGGAUACCGAACACGCAAGCGGCAUCGCCACUUGGGGCUGCAAGCCAUACGCCAACGAGUUUUACAACUGAGGGCUGAGGCAACAACAAUGAAUUCUGUGCGUUCCCGAGUUCAGGAGGCAGUGCAUUUCUUACGCGGGCGCUUCGUCGCCUCCGAGGCGCUGGCAGUGCUCAGCCGAUUAGAUCGGCUUUCACGCACAGUACCGCACUUGCUUAUGUGGUGCUCAGAAUUCAUGUCCACCUUCUGCUAUGGAAUAAUGGCCCAGGCUAUACGUUCCGAGGUGGACAAACAGGUCAUCGAGCGGUGUAGUCGAAUAAUUCUAAAUCUGGCCCGUUACAAUAGCACAACAGUAAACACAUUCCAGGAAGCUGGGCUAGUUACCAUAGCCCAGAUGCUGUUGCGCUGGUGCGACAAGGAUAGUGAGAUCUUCAACACGCUCUGCACACUCAUCUGGGUCUUUGCGCAUUGUCCCAAGAAGCGAAAGAUUAUACACGACUUCAUGACCACCACCGAUGCCAUUUACAUGGUGCGUGAGACCAAGAAACUGGUCUUGCGGAAGGAGAAGAUGAAGCAGAAUGCCCGCAAGCAGCCAGUGGUGGUCAAUAGCCGAUAUGGACAACAGCAGCAGCAACCAGUCUUUUCGUCACGAGCACUUCCCAGCUUGGAGCCGGACUUUGGCAUUAUCCGCUACCGUCCCUAUACAUUUAUAUCGUCGGUCUAUGCCUUCGACACCAUACUCUGCAAACUGGGCAUUGAUAUAUUCUAGUUGCCGCUAAUAGACAUAACAUCAGUUGAAUUCGUACCUUUAUUAACUUUAUUAUCGCGUUUAAAUAUUAGUUAAGUUGACUUUUGGUUUUGUUUUGUAUUAAUGUAAUUAGUUCUUACGCAUAUCAGUUAAGUUGACUUUUGGUUUUGUAUUAAUGUAAUUAGUUCAUACGCAUAUUGACUUUGUGAUUUUGAUUUUGACUAAAUUUGUUACGCAUGUGGACUCUUUAAAUAAAAACUAUUGUAAAACAUUGUA